GUGCGGUCGUCAGGUGAUGGCGGUAAUGCGGCCCUUCUGCUCUCACCAACCGCGAGCGUCCUAUCGAUAUCGCAACGCUCGGCUAGUGUCGGCCACGUAUCCAUCGACCACGUAUCCAUAGCCACGGACGCGCGCGCACAUGUGAGCAUGUGAUAUGUCUUUCGAAAGCAGCGUCCGUCCAAGUGCAGAAGAAGAAGACGCUGAAGGCGCGUCCAUCAUCCACGUGCGGUUUGUUUUGUCCUUUUUGGUCGAACGAAGAAUUACGAAGUGGCUUGGAAAAGGCGCUUCUGGCUGUGUUUAAGGUUCCUGUUUGUGUUACCUGCUGGAACAUUCGAGCAUGAACCAUGAGGUCAGUUAUGCGUUGUAUUGGACGCCAGCACAGUGAUGGCACAUCAUUUUCGUGAGCAGACCCAUGUGCUAACCGACGGAGCAGGCACACGACUGGAUAUGAGAUCUCCAUCUCCUGACAGAGUUACAUCCGUGUAUGCUCCACGGAGCACAGCUCGAGGAUAUGGAUUGCAACUCUCCUCGCAUACUCAUGGUGUGCAUUACAGUGAUCCACCUGCCAGACUAUCGCAGCCAUCAUCAUGGGAACCUUCAGAGCCUCGUUAUGGGACACCGCAACAUGCACUAGAAGACCAGGAAAGUCAUCAUCUGUUGAAGACACUACUGGAGAAAAUCUCCACUCUUGAGUCUAGAUUUAAAGCAUUCGAAAGCAGGAUUUUUCUGCAUAACAAAGAAACUUUGCUGGAAAUACGUGAAAUGAACAAGCGAUGCGUCCAUGGGAAAGUACCCUUAAAUCUCCCUGAGGACUGCCUCAUAAUACCUGCCACUGCCUUCGAAAUGUUGGAGGAUUUAGACACCUACCUCCAGAAGGAGAGGAACCUAACUUCUAUGGUAAACUUCUUUGCUACGAAAGGUGGCAGCGAGGAGAGGGGUGCCGUGAGGACUGUACAGCGUGACAUUGUAUCAAACCAGUUGGCACUAAGGUGCAGCUGGAAGGGCUCGCAAGGGGAAAAGCAUUCGUUCUCGAAACUGACCAAUGUCAUCAAGAUGAUAUUAGGGUCCGUGCGUAUAAACUUCAAGGAUGCUACAGAUGCCACCAUAAAAAAUGUAGUAAAGAAAUGGCUGUAUUGUGCAGCCGAUCGGAAUGGGGGUCGCUCGCAGCGAAGGAAACAAGCAUCCAACCAAUGAUUAUGUAACCAAUAUUUCUACGUGCCAAAAUAAACACAAAUAAAGUUGA